ACUACUUGGAGUCCCUGGCCCAAUACAACAUGGAACCCAUGGCCCAAUACUACUUGGAGCCCAUGGCCAAAUACAACCUGGAGUCCUUGGCCUAAUACAACAUGGAACCCCUGGCCCAAUAGUACUUGGAAUCCCUGGCCUAAUACAACCUGGAGUCCAUGGCCUAAUUCCACCUGGAAUCCUUGGCAAAAUAGUACUGCAAAUCCCCCAAUUGUAAAUACGACUUGGACUCCAUGGCCCAAUACAACAUGGAGCCCAUGGCCUAACACAACAUGGAGUCCCUGGCAGAACAGUACCGCUCAACCACCCACUGUGAAUAGCACAUGGAACCCCUGGCAUAACACUACCUUAAGUCCAAUACAAAAUCUCACAACUACCUCACCACCUCUACUUAACACUACCUGGAGUCCCGUUCAAAACACAACCGGAAAUAGCAAUAAUAUAACAACAACAAUAGCAAUUGCCACGGACUCUCCUAAUAAUAAGGCUAACCCGGAUACAUGGUGGGGCAAGAUAUGGCAAAAAAUUAUGUCAAUCUUUUAAAUAAUUAAAAUCAUUAGUUAAAACUUUAAUUAUAGUAGAUAAAUGAAAUCGAAGUAAAUAAUUAAAUACAUGAGCAUUAGAAAAAUCAAAAAAAAAAAAAGAAAUAGCAAAAAUAAUUUAAUUGUCUUAAAAAGACAGAUAACAAUUGAGAUUAUAAAAAUAAUAGAGUAAAGAUAACCAUAUAUGAAUAAAAUAGAUGUUGAACACA